AUGAAGUUAUCUUCGAUUAUAGCCAGCUCAAUCUUAUUAAGUGCCAUUAGUGCCGCUCCUUUACACACUGUCUACAGUACUACAUAUGUUACUGUUAUCGUUAAUUUGAAAGGUGAAACCCUCGUUCCAGCUCCUACUCCAGAACCAACGGUGGCCCCAGAAGCUCCAGCACCAGCUCCUGAACCGGUUGCAGAAGCUCCAGUUCCAGUAAACGAUCCAGCUCCAAAAGCAGUAGAUACUCCACGCCCACCAAUCGUCAUUGAUGCUACUGAAACUCCAGCUCCACCACCACCUGCUCCAACUCCUGAACCAACUGUCGCUGCUCCUGUUCCUGAACCAACUGUAGCUGCUGCUCCUGCAGCAAGUAGCAAUUUGAACCAUGGUGAAGGUACUUUCUAUGACGCAGGUUUAGGUGCUUGUGGUAUUGUCAAUAGUGGCUCUGACUAUGUCAUUGCCGUUUCUCAUGGUAUGUUUGAUGCUAACAUGAUUGAUGGGAAUCCAAACAAUAACCCACUCUGUGGAAAGAGAAUUAGAGCUUAUUAUGAAGGGAAAUCAGUUGAUGUUACUAUUGUUGAUAGAUGUGAAGCUUGUGCUUAUAAUGAUUUAGAUUUCUCAUCAAGUGCGUUCUCACAGUUGGGAAGCUUUGGGUUAGGCAGAAUUCCUAUUACUUGGGAAUGGCUCUAA